AUGGUGACCAAUGGUGAGGCAGCCUUGAUACAGCUGAUGGACGAGACUGCCGAUUGCAUGCCAGACAGCGCGAAGCAUCCGCACCGUGAUGUUGUCCGAGCCUGGAGAUGUGUUCCCGCCGCAAACGCGGCCAAGGAUCUCGACGGGGUGCGACUGCCGAAACAGGCGGAGCGGUUCGUCGACGGGCAAUCCCGGAUGGACUGGCAGGAGAAGGACGUGCUCGUCAUCGACGAGGUGAGCAUGCUCGGGGCGCGGACGCUACACGCGGUGAACGAGCAGCUCUGCCGGCUGCGCGGGUCGCACCAGGAUUUUGGAGGUAUUCCGAUCGUCCUCUUCUGCGGAGACUUCCACCAAUUCCGCCCCGUCCAAGAACGCUCGAUCCUCCUCCCCAGCACCGCCGUCUCGUGGGACGUAGACAGCUCCUUCAAGGCCGAGACACGGCACCAGCACGACAAGGCGCACGCGUUGUGGAAGAGAUUCACGACCACGGUCAUGCUGGACGAGCAGGCGCGCCGCGGAGAUCCGGAAUUGCAGAGGCUGCUAAGGCGGAUUCGACUGGGCGUGCAGGACCGCUCGGAUCUGGACCUCCUCAACUCAAGAUGCUACCGGGAAGGCAGGCGGAUCCCGUGGGAGACGUGCAUCACCGUGGUGACGCCGCUGAACAGGAACCGGUGGAACCUCAACAUGGAGGCCAGCUUGGCGUUCCGGGCCCAGCAGCGGUCAGUGAUGCGCAUCUUCAUCUCGGAUCAUACGUGGAAGGAGGCCCUGCCGACGGAGGAAGAGGCCAUCAUGAUGCUGAACCAGGGCGACGACAGCGCGAUCCCGGUGCCGGCCGUCUUCAUGUUCGUGCCGGGGAUGCCGGUCGUCGUGAACCAUAACACCCAUCAGGGGCUAAAGCUGGUGAACGGCGCCGGCUACACGGCGCUGGAGGUCGUCCUCGACAAGUCGUACCCGGGGCAUCGUAUCACGGCAGACACGACGUGCGACCCGUACAGCCUGUACGUGCAGCUGUCUCGCUGCCCGACGCUGGACGGCAUUAUGCUGGUCUCGAAAUUGCGGGAGAGGGACCUGGUGGGCAACAAGGUGCCAGACGAGAUGACAGACGCAGAAGCGAGGCUGGGCCAGCUGAGCGACAAGACUGUCCGCGAGGCCUCGGGAUGGCUAGACGUUGAUUCCUGGACUCUAAAGGCACGGGCCUGGACGUGUAGCUAUCGCGAUGCCGGGCGCAGGGCGCUGGACGGCACCAUGCUCGUGUCAGGGGUCGCUGGCAGGACCGGAGAGGGCGAACUGCGCCGGAAGGCGAAACAAAAGGGCUAG